AUGCAGGUCAAGAUGAGGAUACGAGAGCACUCCAUCACCGGCCAACCCCUCCUCGGCAGCUCCUUCGGCAUCCCCGGCCUGAACGCAACCUACGACUACCUCAUCGUCGGCGGCGGAACCGCCGGGCUCGUCCUCGCAAACCGCCUUUCCGCGUCCGGCGCGCACACCGUCGCCGUCAUCGAAGCCGGCAGCUUCUACGAGCUCAGCAACGGGAACCAGUCGCAGAUCCCGCGCUGGGUCUGGAACGGCGCGGGCCUCGGCUUCGACGACGUGAAUCCGCUCGUCGACUGGAUGUUCAGAACCGAGCCGGAGGAAGGCAUCGGGGGACAGCGGAUCCAUUAUCCGCGGGGCAGGACGCUGGGAGGUAGCUCCGCGCGCAAUCAUAUGGUGUAUCAUCGCGCGACGAAGGGGACGUAUAAGAAGUGGGCGGAGGACGUGGGCGACACAGCGUACGAGUGGGAGAAUUUCAAGGCGUAUUUCGACAAGUCGACUACGUUCCAUAAGGCAGAUAUGACGAAACGGCCUGCGAACGCUACGCCGGCGUAUGAUCCGGCUGGCGACCGCGCGACGUCUGGUCCGGUCUCUAUCUCGUAUACGAAUUGGGUGUUGCCGUGGACGACGUGGCUGCUGAAAGCUGUGGAUGCGCUGGGAAUGAAGCCACUCCCGGGGUGGAUAGAUGGCGAGCUGAUCGGAUCUAGUUGGAAUCUGCGCACGGUGGAUGCGAAGACCCAAGUUCGCGAUUCAUCUGAGACGGCGUAUCUCAGACCUGCGAUGGAACGGGCUAAUUUGUUCAUCUAUCCUUCGACUAUGGCGAUGAAGAUUGUCUUCAAUGGAACGGAGGCCGUGGGGGUGUUGUGCAAUACUCUGGGCAAAGACUUCCGGCUCACGGCGAACAAAGAAGUAAUCUUGAGUGCUGGUGCUUUCCAGAGUCCCCAGUUGUUGAUGGUGAGUGGUAUUGGUCCGAAGGAGACUUUGGAGAAGUUCGGGAUCCAGAUUCUGGUCGACGCACCUGGUGUGGGCCAGGGGAUGGAGGACCAUCCCUCUGUUGGAGUUACUCGCAAGUUGAAGCUUCCUAGCUCCACAGUGUUGAACUCUCCAGCUAAAAAUGCUGCUGCUGUUCGAGAUUACUUGAGAGAUGGCACAGGGCCGUUGGCCAGUACGGGCGGCGAGGUUAUUUCAUGGGAGAAGGUUCCUCGUCGCUUAGUGUCCAACAAGACCGCUGCCGCGUUGGACGCAGUUCCGCAAGACUGGCCUGAUUUAGAGUUCCUGGCCCAUUCAUCCUACCCAGGUGUGAAACCUCCAGACAACGAUGACUACGGAGGGAUAAGCGUGGUGCUAGUCAAUACGUUCUCUCGUGGAACCAUCUCAAUCUCGUCACCUUCUAUGCUCGAUCCGCCGGUAAUACAUGUCGCCUUCCUGACAGAUCCACUUGACCAAGACCUAGCCAUAGCCGGCAUAAAAAGGGCUCGAGAGAUUAUCGCUCAUCCCUUCCUCGCCACAGUCAUUGUCGGGUCGGAAGUGGCGCCCGGGAAUGGCACUGUGACAGACGAGCAGAUAUUGAAGUAUAUCCAGAGUAGUGCGCGGACUAUCUCGCACGUGAGUUGUACCUGCAAGAUGGGAAAGAAAGACGAUAAGACGGCUGUGGUGGACUCCGCCGGUAUAGUAUUCGGUGUGCAGCGGUUGCGGGUGGUGGACGUGAGUGCGAUGCCGUUCCUGCCACCCGGCCAUCCAAUGUCCACGAUAUAUGCUCUAGCAGAGAGGAUAUCGGAGAUCAUUCUGGAUGAGGCCUAG